CCCAUGUGGGUUUUUGGGUAUUGUUUGGAAGGGUUUUUGGGUAUUGUUUGGAAGGUAUUUGAAGAUUUGCCUAAACCAUGGAGGAGGAGAACGUUGGUGAUCAUGACACUUGUUUUGAGUCAUCUUCUGGUGGGGAUUAUAAGAAGGUGGAAGCUUCUGGGCUCCUGGAUGAGAGUUGGUUCUUUGGGAACUUGUUCAAGGGAAGAACAAGGAUGUCAAGGUGUUAUUCUGAUCCAUGCCCUUCCUCAAAAUUCAGCCAAAGUUCUUCUGCAGCGUCCACCAAGGACAGAAAGGGUUUGGCUCGUGCACCAUCAUUGCCUCCAUAUCUUGGGAGGGAAUUAGAAGAGGUUGAAGAAAAGAAAAGCAAUAAUGGGAAAAUCAAAAUGAGUCAUUUGACAAGGCAAACAUCGGAUGGAAACUUGCUGAAGGCACCAAAACCAGUUCCUAAUGAGAACAGUGUAGAGAUUCAAAAGAAAAGAAAUGAUGGGAAGGAGAAGAGCAGAUUGAUUGGGAAAGGGAAAUCAUCUCUGCUGAGGGCACCUUCCUUCCCAGUUUCUAUUGGAAGGGAAGAAUUGAUUGAUGAGGAAAAUGAGAAUGAUUCCAGAAUGAGCAAGCUAAUUUGGCAAGCAUGGGCUAACUCCUCUGAGAACCAGCCUCAACGGCAGACUCCAAAGGGUGUGAAACAUAGUCCUAGCACCACACCAAGGAACCGGCCACCAAGAAAAAUUGAGGCAGUAAACAUUAAUGCCAAAGCUGUAAAGGAAACCAGUCCACGAUCCGUGAAUCAAAGGACACUGAAGAAGAGCCUAAGUAAUCUUGAAUUCCAUGACCAGAAAGGGUUCAAAGACUUGGGGUACUACAAGGAGAUGGCGAAGCAAGACAAGGCAAGGAGGGCAGAUUUGUCUAAGGCCUGGAUUGUUCAGAGUUUUGCAGCUCAAACUUCAAAUUGUGCAGCUAAGACUUCAACAGAAGACAUGAAGGCACAGAUCAAGUUUUGGGCCAGAGCUGUGGCAACUAAUAUAAGACAAGAAUGCUGAAAUGAAACCCAUAAACAAAAAACUGAGUGUCUCUGUUUCUGCUUCCUCUUCCUAUUGUUCUAAAAUUUAGUUUCUGGGGUUGAUUGGCUUCCUCUUGACAAGCAAGAAGUGUGAAUCCAGAGGGCAAAAAUAGAAGGGAAGUUCUCUGGUCCAGUACUUGAAAUUCAAAUUUUUUAUGUAAGAAUUCUUUUGGUAUCUCUGUUGAUACACUGACAGAAGCUAACUAAACAUAAUGAUUGAUUCUUCUUUAUUGUAAUAUUUCUGACUUGAUUUCAAUAGCUUAUACUCUAUGGUUUUCCGUUUGAAAAUUUUUAGCCCUUGUUGUCCCCAUUGUUUGAGAUCAUAGAAACUUGUUUGAAAAUUGAAACUAAGGGCGGUGUUUAAUUAGCAC